CUCAAAAAUCUCAACUCACUUCAACUUUUUCAUCUACGAAAAAUCUCUUCAACCUUAUUCCAAAUUCUCAAAUUCCAAAAACUCCUACGACUUCUAUUUCUUCCCCUUCGAGAAGUCUCUUUAAUUUAAUCGUAAAACCUCAAACUCCAAAACCUUUAGGCGAUUCACAAACUUCUACUACCAAAAAAUCAAUUGAUUCUAUGGACACUCAACAAAAUCAAAAAAAAUCCAAUAGUAGCCUACAAUUGCAUAAUAAAGACUUCAAGUAUUGGGGAAUCGAAAACGAAUAUGGUGAAAAAUUUUAUUAUAUAAAAGAAGAUGUCUAUGUUGCUAGAGUUGUUAGAGGUCAUAGAAUUUACAUUCAAGGUGGGUACUACGAACAAGAAAUUAAUAAAGAGAUUGAAUAUAUGCAAGAAUUGGCUAAAGGUCUUUAUUUCUACAUGAUUACCGGUUGGGGGGAAUUCAAGCUUAAAGAUUUACUUUUGUCUGAAAGAGGAAAACUUGAUUGGAAGCAAAAAGUUUCGAUUGCUUGUGGUAUCGCUAAUGCUCUACAACAUAUUCAUCAACAGGGAAAAAUGCAUUAUGAUCUUAGUAGCUUCUCAAUAAUCCUUUGGGAGUUAUCAGCUGAAAAGUUACCUUUUGAUUUGAUAUCUGAUGAAUAUAUUUACAAAAUAGUCAAUAAACGUCCUAAACCUGAAUCAAUAGCAGGAACUCCGAUCGUUUAUCAAGAUUUAAUGAUAAAAGGAUGGGUACAAAACCCUGAUGAUCGUCCAACAAUGGAUGAAGUUUUUAAGAGUCUUAAAAUUCUAAAAUCAGAUUUUAAGAAUGGUCAAGAUAUUAAAAAAGUUUCCGAAACUUCUUAUUUUGCCAAUAAAUUUGAUAUGACAUUUAAUCAAAAAGCAUCCGAAACUUCUUCCUUAACUAACAAAUUUGAUACGGAAUUGGAACUUGAAUCUAAUGUAUUAUCGAAUGAAUGGAAUGAUGAUUCUACUAUCUUCGUUCCUGAUUUUACCACAAAUCCAACGAACCGUGAUGAUUUUGAUUUUAACGAUAAGACUCCUUCACGUACUUUAUCUUUGAAUUCUGUGUCAACUGUGUCACAAGAUCACCUUUAUUCUGCUAUCACAUCUCCAAA